AUGCGUGGCCCUCGGGAAAGCUGGGGGCCCCGCAGACUCGCGGCCCGCGGCCACUCCGCCUCUGCCCUCUCUGCCCGCAGCUCGGCCGGCGCUGCUCGCCUAGGCGGGCCCGCGUCGGGAUGGGACCUCUUAACCUGUCAACACCCUGGCACCCCCAGACCGACAUCCCUCUCCUGUGAAUGUGACGGUCACUCAUCUCAGAGCCAACUCGGCCACUGUGUCCUGGGACGUCCCAGAAGGCAACAUCGUCAUUGGCUACUCCAUUUCCCAGCAACGACAGAAAGGCCCUUUGGGCAGCGUGUAAUCAGGGAGGUAAACUUCACCACUAGGGCCUGUGCUCUUUGGGGCCUGGCUGAAGACAGUGACUACACCGUGCAGGUCAGGAGCAUCGGCCUCCGGGGAGAGAGUCCUCCUGGGCCCCGUGUGCACGUCCGUACUCUCAAGGGUUCUGACAGGCUGCCCUGCAACAGCUCCAGCCCAGGAGACAUCACAGUGGAGGGUCUGGAUGGAGAGCGGCCAUUGCAGACCGGGGAAGUGGUCAUCAUCGUGAUGGUGUUGCUCAUGUGGGCUGCUGUGAUCGGGCUAUUCUGCCGUCAGUAUGACAUCAUCAAGGACAACGACUCCAACAACAACCCCAAGGAGAAGGGGAAGGGUCCUGAACAGACUUCUCAGGGAAGGCCAUUGGGGACAAGACAGGUGACGUGGGGACCAGUGAGUGUGAGAAGGAUGAUCUGGGUGCCCAGGAGUAUUCAGUGAAAAGCAGAAUAGGCAGCAAAGGGGGGUGGGGCAGGAAUGGGAUGUCUGGGAUGAAGGAGUCCAGAAGGCGGGAGCAGCACCUUUACCUGUCUGAAAUUUCAGAUUUGGGUAAU